AAUGAGAGUCGCCCGGCCAUUGCGAAGCCGCCCGGGUGACAGCACCGAGCGCGGGCCGAAGGGUGGGCGUUGGCUGGCUGGCGCGGGAUGGCGGCGGCCGCCUUGUACUUGGAGCACUACCUCGACAGCAUCGAAAACCUCCCCUGUGAGCUCCAGAGGAACUUCCAACUUAUGCGUGAACUGGAUCAGAGAACGGAAGACAAAAAGGCAGAAAUUGACACUCUUGCAGCCCAGUACAUUUCUACAGUGAGGAGUCUGACCUCAGAGCAGCGGGUGGAAAUUCUGCAGAAGAUACAGAACGCAUACACAAAGUGUAAAGAAUACAGCGAUGACAAAGUGCAACUGGCAAUGCAGACCUACGAGAUGGUAGACAAGCACAUUCGCCGCCUGGAUGCUGACUUGGCACGAUUUGAAGCUGAUUUGAAGGAUAAGCUGGAAGGCAGUGAUUUUGAAAUCCCUGGAAUGCAAAAUCUGAAAAAGGGGCGAACUCAGAAAGAUAAAAAAAGUUCCCGGGGUCGAGGCCGACGAACAUCUGAGGAAGAUGCUCCAAUAAAAAAGAAACCAAAACGAAGAUCUGAAUUAGCUGAAACUAUCCUCACUGUUCAUCCUUCGGAUGUCCUGGACAUGCCAGUGGAUCCCAAUGAGCCCACGUAUUGCUUGUGCCACCAAGUAUCCUACGGAGAAAUGAUUGGCUGUGACAACCCAGAUUGUCCAAUUGAAUGGUUUCAUUUUGCUUGUGUGGAUCUCACCACAAAACCCAAAGGAAAAUGGUAUUGUCCUCGCUGUGUUCAGGAGAAGAAAAAGAAAUAGAAACAAUAGGAAUUACAAUCUGAAAGAGAAAGAAGUUUAAUAUAUUCCUACGUGUUGCAAUAUUUUAUUUUAUUUUUACUGACCUAUCUUCUUGUUUGAUUUAUUAUUUAACUGUUCAGUGGCCAGAUGUUGUUUUGAAUAAAUGGAGCUGUGCUAAGGAGGAAACAAAG